AUGAUAUCCAAAAAGCUUGGUGCAAGAUUUCCCCCACCUUCCAAAGGACUCAAAAGGCCCUCUUCAGGCAUAUAUGAUGAUGACAUUGAUCCUGAAGACAUUGGAAUUGAAACAGAGGCAGAGAAGCAAAUGAAAGUGUUACUUCAGAAGCAACUAAAUACAAAGAUAUCUGUCAAAGACCAGUUUGCUCAGCACAAAAAAUUUGUCACUCCAAGUACGUAUAACUCUCUGACAGAGCUGAUAAAAGGGAAGUGUUCUCUGGAAAAAUUUAAAGAGAUCGAAAAGAAUGAGGAAGUACACCAAGAGCUGCAGAGGUGUGGUUUAUCUGAAGAAGAGAUUAAAGAUUACCUUGAGUUCAAAACUGGAAAGAAAAGUGCCAUGAUGAAUCCCACAGUUUGGAAUGAAUAUAUGAACCAGAUAGAGAGCAGAAUCAAAAAGCACAAUGAAGAGUUAAUGCAGCCCCAGUUGUUUACUAAUGUCAAAAAACUAACUAGGCAUGAAAUGGAAUUAGAAAAAACAUUGUAUGCUGGAUGUGCCGAUAAAAGCAAACUCGCCCCAUUGGUCGUAGUAGAAGAUACUGUGUUACCGACUGAAGUAGACAGUGCUUUCAACCAUAUAAAAAAUCUGUCUGAAAAACUGUUGGAAAAUUUUAAGAAGAAGAAGAAACAGAAAUCAAAAAUAACUGAUACAAUUGAAACAGAAAAUUUAAAUGUUGAGGUCAUGCCUGACGACAUUGGCCAGAAUUCCUAUGACCCCAAUAUCCAUCAUGUGAUAGUUCCAUUAGAAGAGAGUGAAGUUGCAAAAAAACGCUUGAGCAUUGAAGAGAUAAAAUCUAUUCCGAGGUUUGAGAAUUAUAGCAUUGGAACGCCUAGUAAGACACUUUAUCUGAAGAAUCUGCAUCCGAAAAUCACUGCUCACGAAUUGCGUUCUGUAUUCAGCAGUUUUGAAGAAGAAAACAAAUCUCCUAUUAAUUAUAAAAUUUGUAGUGGUAGAAUGAAAGGACAGGCUUUUGUACAUUUUAAUGAUGUUAAAGUCUCUGAGAAAGCGCUUCAUUAUGCUAAUGGUUACAUGCUACGAGAGAAACCAAUCAUUAUAGAAUUUGGCCGCAAGUCCUGA